AUGAUCCGUCCGAUACUCCGCCCGAUACUCCGCCGGUCCGAUGGGUCGGAAGGGAGAAUACAGGGGCGCCCGCUAGAAACUGUUCCGGAAAAUGCCCCGCUAGAAACUGUUCCGGAAGAUGCCCCGCUAGAAAUCGCUCCGGAAGAUGACCCGCCAGAGGAUUUUCCGGAGGAUGACGAAGACGCGGAGAACCUGGGAAACCCGCUGCCGGAAUACGCAGAGGGCUCGUCACACGCGGGGGACUCGGCAUACAGGGGUAGUGAUGAUGAACGUAUCACGAUAUCAGUAUCGACAUAUGAGAAGGUAUGA